CGGAACAAUUUAUAAAGCAAAUUGUUAGAAAGAAGAUAAUGUCACCAGGAACAACGACUCAACCAGACCAGCGUGGAUGUGGAGCUUCAAACACAACAAACCCACAAAUAGAAAACGAGAUCCGGGAACAUAUAAAAUCUUUCCCAGCUUAUGAAUCUCACUACACGCGAAGAGACAGUUCGUGCAAAUAUUUUCAUAGUGAUUUGACGCUUUCAAAAAUGUAUAGAUUGUACUGUGAAAAACAUCAAUCAGUAGCUUCAAUCUCGACAUAUUCAAAAAUAUUCAAAACCAUGAAUAUAAAAUUUAAAAAGCCCAAGCUUGACACCUGCCACAGAUGUGAAAUUUUAAAAACGAAAUUAGAAAUUGGAGCAGAGGAUGAAGAUGCCAAAAGUCAAUUGCUAAAAGAGCAGGAGGAGCAUCAUAAACUUGCAGACUUAGCAUAUAAAAGCAAGAGUAAGGACAAGGAUACUGGUAGGAAUGACAAUUCAAUCAAGGUUUACACAUUUGAUCUACAACAGUGUCUUCCUACUCCGUUCCUUCGGACAAAUAUCUCGUUCUAUAAAAGACAACUGUGGACAUACAAUUUAACACUCCAUGACUGUGUAACAAACCAAGCAUAUUGUUAUAUGUGGGACGAAUCUGUUGCAAACCGUGGAGUGACUGCUGUGCGGGUCAAAACAAAAAUGGAUACGUUGCAACAAUGUUUCAAAUAUUUAGCACGAACUCAAGCAUUUCCGUAAUUGACCACAAGUUUUUGGUGCCUGGCCAUACCCAUAUGGAGUGUGAUGUUGACCACGCUGCCAUUGAGAGGAAAAAAAAAGGUAUCAUCCGUUAACAUCCAUCAUCCAAGGGAUUGGUUUCAAUUAGUUAGAUCCAUCGGAAAGAAACCAUUCAUUGUCCAUGAAAUGACACGCAUAGACUUCCUUGACUUUGCGAAAAUGUCAAAGGAAAAAUUCACUUGGCGCAAGACAUCCGAAGCCAAGACAAAAUUUGUUUGGCGAGAUAUUAAAUGGUUGCGUUUUACAACUGAUUUUGGAUUAAUACAAUAUAAAACAAGCCUCGAUGAAAACGAAGAAUUUCAACAUCUAAAUAUUAAAAAACGUGGAGUCAAUGUCGUUUUCCUUGAUGAAAUUCCAGUCUGUUACUCUGGGCCUAAUUUAAUCAGCAAGGAAAAGAAAAAAGACUUGAUAGAACUACUGCCUGUAAUUGAAAAAUCAUACCACGACUUCUAUUUAAAUCUUAAAUCCGACGACAUUAAAGAUAAUCACCCUGAUUUGACUGAUGAUGAAAGUGAAGAAGAAAAUUAAAUUUAAAAACAU